CUUCAAAAGCAUGAAUCAUUCAUAAAUUGACCCCGUGGCUUGAUAAAUAAUGUCUGCAUUGUUUGGGAACCUUUCAGCUAUUUUCCAACAAAAAGUAAGUCACUUUCUAGGCUCCAUCCCCACCUCCUUGAAGGUGUUGGCCCACUGAUGGGAAGGGUCUCAUAUUUUGGAAACCAGACAGUUUCAUGCAGAAAGCUCUCCACAGUGAAUUAAUUUAGAAGUAAAACAUUACCAAGCACCACUCCAUGCAGUCAUCCUUUUGUUUUGUCCUUUCAGAAGAAAGCGAUUGGGCUGCCAACCUCUGUACACAAAUAAUGUACUCUCAAUGACAGUAAUUUUACAUGUUCAGGGAAAGUGUAUUUGUUAGCUCUUGUAAUGGCACUUUUGCUCCCCAGCAGCCAAUUCCUUCCACCUUCUAGGGCCCUGGGUAUAUUGAUUGACAUCACAGUGGAUGCAUUACUGUCUCUUAGUAACCAAAGAACUCAGCAGACAUACAAGCUGGAAGAAAGCUGUGUUGGGAGUCCAGCCGGCCAGUUCAAGCUUGGCUGGGGAAUGCCAGGAAUCCAAAAUGGGAAGGAAGGGGAAGCCGAGGACGAGGAGGAAGAAGAAGUGGAGGAACUGGGAGGCAUCAAUGAGAAACUAAUAAGGCAGCAUAAACUCCCACUCUCUGCACAGUCAGCCUUCAGCUAUGUUCCACCUCGUCGUAUGGAUCCUCCAGAACUCAGCUAUUUCCACCAAGAGAGUAAGCCAGGAAUUUUUUGCGUAUAUGACUGCAUCUAUAAAAGACCCCCUGGCUAUGAUCCAAAACUCCAUCGGUGUGACAGGGAGCAUGCAAAAAGCAGGGGACUUCGUAUUAAUGAGGAGGAAAAAGCAAGGCCUACACCUGUCUUGUCCUCUUCUGAGUACGGGUGGCGCAUAGACAAGCCUGUGGAGGAGGUCAAUCGAGACCAUGUUCGCAUUAACCACAUUCAAGCAGAAUUCUACAGGAAAAAUCAAAUUGCUUGCUUGAUAAAGAAAAUCACCAGAAGUGGCGAUCCAACUUAAGGCUUGUCUGCCAUGAGCAAAACAGACCUCCAUUUAACUCCCUGUAGUGUACUAUUGUCAAUUAAAAUGUAGUAACAUCAGCCCUAUGAUUUUACUGCAGGGAUUUGAGCUACAUCAAGUCAGCUAUGCCGACUUAUUUUGACACAUUUGUGUAAUUAGCAGCUUGCAUCAAUGUUGUACUUAUAGGAAGGGAAUAAAAUCAGGCAGUAAUACUAAAAAAAACGGAAGUUACUUCCAUGAAAGGGAUAAAAUUGAUUUGUCUUUUUCAGUGCACCCACCUAGCUAAAGUAUCCAUAUGUUUGUCUACAAGUAGAUAGUAAAUAUUUAGAUGACAGCUUUGAUUCAUAAAUAAAACAAUCAUUAAACCAACCUCAAAAACUGGCAGCACUUUUUAUUUCAUGAUUUUGCUCCCUUACGAACAAGAGAAAUCGUACCUUCCAAAGAGCUAAUGACAUACUUCUAGCAAUUGUUAUGUGCCUUCAAUUCAUAUCUGACUAAUGGCGACCCUAAAUAAACCUAUCACAUGCUUUGCGUCACAGAAA